AUGCACUCUCAGUCUUAUCCCCAGAGGUCACUCUCCCAAACUUCAACUUCCUCCUCACGCUCCAACCAAUCCAAGAAGUCCUCCAGACUCCCUAGCAAACUGUCCUCGAAGAUCUUUCGCUCCAAAUCUCCAGCUCCAAUCGAUAUUCCCAAGACCCGGACCGCAAAUAUUCCACGGAGCAAUCCCGAGGAUUCAUACUUCUCCCAAAGCUAUACUUCCAACAGCCCUGCAGACAUGUCUCCCACAAUCUCGUCUCCCCAGUCCCCGAAAUCGGACGACGAGGUCAAGCGUGCUUCUACGCCGACUCGAAAGACCAGUGGUGACUAUAAACGCUACAGUGGAACCGUAAACCACUGCGGUCGGCACUCGAACGACUGGCUGUUUGGCGGCUUCAGUGUUCGCGAGUCCGUGCGCGAUGGCCUCGAGAAGCUCCGUCACUCGGACAAGGAGGGCUGA